GCCCACCCGGCCGGCGCGCACUGCGUCGCACACGCCCUUUCCCAAUACACCACCUUUUUUUCUCCCUCAUUUUGCACCCAUUGCCCGCAACUCCUAUUAACCGCCUUCUCCAGCCCACCACAGCGGCCCCCAAACACCCGCCUCUGCACCUGCCAGACGCCCCGUGCCAGCCACACCCACGCACGUGACCCGCUGCUCCCGAUUUGCCCGCCGCCACCAUAUAGCCCUGCCCCUCGGAGCCGCCCAAUGCUGCCCUCCCAGGCCAAUCGCAAGAGGCCCCUCGCCCACCUCCCGACCCCCAAGGACCUCGCCAGAAUAUUCAAAAAGCCGCGCCGCGACCACCCGGAACUCCUAGAAACUUCCGGGCCGCCCCGGGCCCUCGGAAUCCCGCCCGUGCCGCCCCUCGGAACCGACUUGCCGCCGGCCGCCCACAGCGUGCCGCGGAGCGCGGUGCCGGUCUUGAAACCGCCGUACCGGGCCGCCGACUUCUUUGCGGACCACGGGCCGCGGCUCGACCGCGGCGCGCAGCGACAGUUUGCCGCCGCCGUGCGCUGCUACCCGCCGCCACGGGCGCCCUUCUUUGCGCUGGCCGAGCCCGUCUCGCGGCCGGGCGUCAUGGUGCCGUUCGUGUUCCCGCCGCUCCCGGAGUGCCGCGCGGACCCGCUCACCAACAUGCCCGAUACGCCGGACGGAGAGCCCGCGCGGCCCGUCAUGGCGCCGUUGCCGUUCCCGCCGCCCAACUACAUGCCCUACCCGUUGAUAUCCGAGAAGGCGCCGCCCACGCCCCACGAGGUGUUUGGCGCGUGGCUCGACGCCCUGGGCCGGCUCCCGCGCGUGGACAUGGUGGUGGCCAGCGCCGCAGGCUCCAUCUUCGACUUGCACGCCGAGGCCGGCGCCGCGGGCCUCUCAGCCGCGCGCUUGCAGGAGCUCGUGCGCCUUGGCCAGGUCGCCGAGUCCGACCCCGAGGCCUCCGACGACCGGAGCGAGGCCUCCGACUCGUCCGACUCGCUGGACGCGCUGCAGUCGUCGUACCGCCGCUUCAUGGACUACUACAGCAACAUCGACGUGUCCACGGAGCACGCCCGUCACGCCGCGAGACGCCCGUCCAACGUGGUGGUGGUCCGCUCCGACCUCAGAAACGACUACACUAAUGUGCGCACCAAGGACACCCAGGCGGGCAAGGUUUUGCAGGCAGAACCGCGCUGCGUCCCGCUGGCUUUCACCAUGGACCCCCGGGAGCGCGACGCAGAGCCGCCUGCAACACUCCCUGCGCCAGCCGCCGCGGAGGAUGUGACGGACGCCAACGAGGAAAACACGGAGCGUAGGAGAGAACACCUUGUGCAAAGUUACAGCGUUCUCGAGGACCACUUUGCGCAGAACAGGGACCAGCUCUACGCGUCCCGCAAGCAGCAGCUCUUGGAGAGGUUGCGCCAGCUACGCACCUCGGAAAUCCACUUUGACACCACCAAGAACAAGAUCAACAACGACGACUUGAGGCGAUACCACGACCGAAGACAGACCGAGAAAGACGAGCAGCUUCUCAGCCUCCGCUUGUCCCUGAACUACGAGAAACUCAAGAAUGCGCUCAGCUUCUACCAGACCUCCCACCGCCUGUAUAAAACCAUGAAUCUCGUGAUGAUCAACAAGUUGCAGAAGAUCAAGAAUUUCUUGGAUCACCAGAAACAAGUCUUGGAUGACCAUUCGGGGGGUUCGGGCGACACCGAUGCAGUGAACAUCCGAAACAGAGACAUUGCCAAGUUCUACGAGAGCUUUGUGGAGCAAGACUACUCCAACGAAAUCAAGGAGGUGUUUCGCGCAGCCAUUGCGAAAGACGACGGGUUGGACAAAGACGACCCAUACACGUUGGACCCUGCGCUCUUCCGGAAGGUGUACAAAGGCCACCAGCACACCGCCAAUGUGCACGACUUCAUGCCGCUUGUCACCCGGGAGGAAUUCAGGUUGAUUACAGGCGAAGCGCCGUCCAAGCUCGGGCCUGCCAAGGACCCGAAUUCGAAGAGUAAGGGCGGGCGGCACCAAAUCUUUCAGAGCUCACUUUACGACCGCGUCACAUCGGGCUCCGACACGAACGCGUCUGAGAAUGGCAUGGUGCUCAAACGUAGACCCGGGCGGCGUGCAGCGCCCAAGCCAACAUACGGGGAGGAGGUGGCCAAGAACAGCAAUGACACGGCCCUAGUGGCCAAGAUCAUGAAGCAGUUCAUUGGUCCCAGCGCGGCAAACGCACAAGAGCUCACCGAGGACUUGGAUCUCAUAGGCAUUCAGACCAAGUGGCCGGUCAAGUAGAGGAGCUACAAUGCAUUGUGUUUGUGUUUGUACCAGUAUAUAUUAUAGCAUAAUCCAAGAGUAGCUUGAACCAUCAAUAUUUUCCCUGCUGGCGAGACAAAGUGGCGGGAAAUAAAGACAUGGGAGACUAAGGGAGGCGCUG